UGACGGCUCGGACGAAUCUUACUGACCCUGCUGUGGCACACUGGAUGCACGCUAGCAAUUUGCGCUGGAAACAGAUCUUUCUUCCCCGAUUAGCGGGCUCCUGGCUGCUGCUGAGGUGGGUUCCAUCCAUCUCACUCAUCAUCACCUUCCGGUCAUAUCUUGAAGUCUCAUUCAUCUGGGCUCGCAUCCCGCCUCCAUCAACCCCAUCAUUGGCAAAAGAAUACCCUGCGUUGAUGCGAUGAUGGACGAGCAGCAGACAUGCAUCGUAUCGUGCCCGUUGAAUGGCGGCAGGGCAAUGAGAAGGAUGCAACUAGCAGUCGACCCGUCCUUCCAUUGAUGCUUGGGUUGGGUAGCAAAAGCUGGUGUCUGGUCAAUCCGGUGCAGUGUGAGAGAACACGCCCGGUUUUUAGGGGAUGCCGAUGUUCUGUAGCACCACUGGUGCCAUUGGAUGGCAUCUCUCGGCUGGCCAUGGCCACUGCUGAUUCGGUGGACGGGCUCGCAACCAACGGCUCCUUCCUCAGAUUCCCCAUAAGUUAUCGAGUAGGUACCCUUGUAGUGCUUCCCUCCUCGACCACCUCUGUCCGCUCCUUGAAUAUAUCCCUCGCCCGCAAAAGGAAAGGAGCGCCUCUGGCGACGACGCAACAGCAGCCAGUCGUCUGUGAGACGCCGCGCUUGUCGCAUGCGAAUCCCAACUGGACGGCAUGCUCACGCGGCCAUUCAUGCGGGAUGCGGUCGGCAGUAACGUCGGUAGGAAGUCGGCGGGUUCUCUCGAUAUUUCCUCCCCAGCCAUGAUACCUUAAAAGUUAGGAUGGAUGAGCUGUCUCGACCGAUGAUGUGGCUAGCGUGGUUGAGUUACGAUUUACGAUCCCUUCCAGCAAGGUAUGAGUUUGUACCAGUCUGCUAAGAUAGACAGAUUUCCGAAGGUCUCAAUAUCUGCGACCCGUGCUGCGCCUUCUUCCAAUUUUCUCUUGAU